GCUGUGGCUUCAAGGAGGGAUCAGGCUGGGCUGGGCAUCCAGAAUGACAUUUUAGGCACCGGAAAGAGUGUCAGAUGAACCGGCUGGCAGGGCUGGGUUGGAGAAGGCCGCCCGCUUUGCCCAGAUGGAUCAGACGUGCACCGACUUGUCCUUCUUCUGGAGCUUGGACAACAAAAAGGCCAUUUUGCAAACAGCUUUGGGACAAAAGGUGAAAAGCCACAUCCACCUGCCAUGGGAUUCACGAGACGGCUGCCCCAAGCGGGGACCAGUUGGACCAGAUUGAGGCAAGCGGAUGCUGGGCAUCCGAGUCGAACAGCUAUGAUGCACCCAAACGUCAUGCACAGCAUCUCAUGCAAUUUCGUCUUCAAGAGGAUCUUGCAAGUGGACCGGGCUUUGUCUUCCUCGAUGCCUCCGCUCAGGAGCUUUGUCUGCCAGACAAGAUCACCUCCGUCUCCUUCGCCCCGAGCGAGCCAGAUAGCACUGAAGAAUGUGCCCACUUCUGAAGCCAUCCAGAAACACCGGAACAGCCUGGCCAAUUGGUUCCUCCAGCAACCCAAUGAGGAGAGGCAGUUUGGCCCUUCCUUUGCUCUGGACUCAAUUCAUGUUGACCCGAUCAUCCGGGAGACCUCUCUGGAGGAGAUCCUGAAGCCCUCUCCAUACCUAACCAUCCAGAACCAGCUCAAGGCUUCUUGCAACCAGACCAUCAGCCUCCAGAACCUCUUUGACCUCAAUGCCUGCGGGCAGCCGGUGAGGAACGUUGUCAUGUAUGGGACGGUGGGCACUGGGAAGAGCACCCUCAUCAAGAAGAUGGUAAUGGACUGGUGCCACGAGCGCUUGCCGCGCUUUGAGCUGCUCAUCCCUUUCUCCUGCGAAGACCUCUCUCAAAGUAAUGCACCUAUCUCUUUGCGGCGCUUGAUCACCAAGAAGUACCUCCACCUCCGGGAGCUGGUACCCACCUUGGGCACCACUAACUUCAGGGUGCUUUUCAUUCUCAAUGGCUUGGACCGCCUCAACCUGGACUUCCAUCUGGCUCACACAGAACUCUGCUGUGACCCCAAUGAGCUGAUCCCUCCAUCUGCCAUCGUGGUCAACCUUCUCCGGAAGUACAUGAUGCCCGAGGCGAGCAUCAUAGUCACCACACGGCCGUCUGCAGUGCGCCGCAUCCCUAGCAAGUUCGUAGGCCGCUAUGUCGAAGUCUGUGGCUUCUCUGACACCAACCUCCAGAAACUCUACUUCCAGAUGCGUCUCUGCCAGCCAGGCUGCGUUGGUGUCUCUGGUCCUCCCACAGCUGAGGAGGCAAGCAAGCAAGACAACCUGGUGGAGAUGCUUUCGAGGAACCUGGAAAGGCACAACCAGAUUGCAGCUGCCUGCUUCCUGCCUUCCUAUUGCUGGCUGGUGUGCACUACUUUGCAUUUCCUGUAUUUCACCAACUCGGUGCCUCCGCCUCAGACGCUGACCGGCAUCUACACCAGCUUCCUGCGGCUCAACUUUAGCGGGGAGGUGCUGGACAGCACAGACCCCUCCAACAUCUCCAUGAUGAAGUAUGUGGCCAAAACGGUUGGGAAGCUGGCCCACGAUGGAGUGAUUUCGCGGAAGACAUCCUUCUCGGAGGAGGACAUGCGCCGCUGCUUUGAAGUAGAGAUGAAGAAGGAGAGUGAGCUCAACUUCCUGGACAUCUUUCGCAGUGACGUCUUCCGUUUCUUCCUGACGCCUAGCGUUCAAUCAGGGAAGGAGCACACCUUUGUCUUCACCAUCCCCAUCAUGCAGGAGUACCUGGCGGCCCUCUAUGUGGUCCUGGGUGAAAAGAAGACCUUGAUGGAUCGGGUGGGAAAGGAUGUCUCCGAAAUCAUCAGCAAGGUGAGUGAAGACGUGGCCGUAGUCCUCAGCAUCGUCUCCAAGGUGCUGCCUUUACGCAUCCUGCCGUUGCUCUUCAACCUCAUCAAGAUCUUCCCCCGCUACUUCACCAAAUUUGGCAGCAAGGACCAUGACACCAUUGCCAGCACCAUGGCAGCAGAGAUGUUCAAGGAGGAGGACUACUUCAACGAUGACGUUUUGGAGCAGACUAACUGCAGCAUCCUUGGGGUGGAAGGCCCCAUGCGCCACCCGGACGAUGCCCCUGAUGAUGAGGCCUUUGAGCUCUUCCCCAUCUUCACGGUUGGGCUGCUCUCACGACGCAACCGCUCCAUCUUGGACCAGCUGGGCUGCCCCAUCACAAACCUGGCGGUCAUCGAGACUGCGAAAGCCAUGAAGAAAAAGUUUAUCCAAAAAAUCCGCAAGGGCCUGCCACCUCCAGAGGUCAUGGACCUCCUCAUCUUUCUCCACGAGUUCCAGAAUGAGAGCUUCACCACCGAGGCCGUCCAGUCUUUGAGGACCAUCAAUCUCUCCACAGUCAAGAUGACCCCUCUCAAAUGCUCCAUCCUGGCUUCGGUGGUGGGCGCCACGAGCCAUGAGGUGGAGGAGCUGAACCUGGGCCUUUGCCACCUGGAUGUCAACUGCCUGCGGAUUCUCUUUCCCGUCUUGCUACGGUGCAAAAAACUCCAUUUGCCGCAAAAUGGUUUGGGGCCCGAAGCUUGCAAGGAGAUCAGAGACUUGCUGUUGCACGAGAAGUGUGCGGUGAACACUUUAAGGUUGGCAGACAACCCACUGACGGAGCAAGGUGCCCGCUACUUGGCGGAAGGCAUAGCUGGCAACCGGUCUUUGAGGCAGUUGUCGCUGCUCCAUACUUCAUUGGGGAACCGGGGCGUGGAGGUGGUCACCCAACACCUGGCUCAGAACCAGCACCUGAAGGAACUGGACGUGGCCUACAAUUCAGUGACAGACGAGACCGCGCUGGCCCUGGUUGAGGAAGUCAAGAGACACCCCACGCUGAAGAUGGUGCAUUUGUACUUCAACGAGAUCAGCGAGGAAGGAAAGCAGGCUCUGCACCAGAUGCGGAAGGACCAGGACGGCAUCCGGGUGCUCAUCUUCCUGACGAUGGGGACCGACGUCUCGGACCACUGGGACACCAUCUUGAACGUGGUCCAGAAGAACCUGUCCAUCUGGGACCGCGACCGGGUGCGGCAACAUUUGGGGAUGCUGCUGGAUGACUUGCGGUGCAGCCGCCGCCAGACGGUCAACCCAUGGAAGAAGUUCAAGUUCAUGAGCGUGGAGAACAAAGUCAAGAGGAUGCUGGGAGAGCUUCAGUAGGGGAUAGACACUCUCGUGUGAUGCUCCCCGGAAACGUCCAAAAAUGGUGCUAAUAUAGUCAUAGCAAAGGAUGGAAAUACAAGGGGUGCAAACAAGCACGCUAUUAAAACUGGAAUAGCUUUUUACACUCAUAGGUACUCCCCAAAGACAGCUGGGGCCAACUCCCUAAGAAAGGCAUUGGAUCCAAUGUAAUAUGACUCUUCUUAUCUUCUAAUGAACUUGACUUUCUCCUACCUUCACUAUGCAAAUAACAGGCAAACUAGUCUUUCAACAUCUGGUUACAUUGACAGUUGCGUUUCCUCUUCCAGGAGUGUCUAGUUGUCUUCUUUGCUAUUUUAAAUACAGUAGAGUCUCGCUUAUCCGACCUUCGCUUAUCCGACCUUCCAUCUUAUCCGACACUCUUAUCCGAUGCCCCCCUUUUCCUCCAGCAUUUCCUCUUCUAUUAAAGGAGUGCUCCCCAACUCUCUCUCCAUUCCCAAUAAGUGAAAAAGGAAAGAGAAGGAGGAGGAAGAGAGGGAAAAAAGUCAGGACUGGAAGCGAAAGUGUCCUCCCUCCAUUUCCGAACUCCUCUUCCGCAUCCGAGCACUUCCUGUUGGGCCCUCUAUGUCCUGAGUUGCUCUUCAAAAACAGCCUUAAUACAAAGUUGAAAGUUAAAAAAAUGCUUUACUUCAGCAAACACAAAAGAAAAAUACAAAAGAAAACAAGGAAGCCUUGAUGCAGGCACAAAUUAAAGUCUCUUACAAAGUCCCAAAGCCAGCAGUCUUCCAUCAGACAACAGGCAAUGAUCACUAAGUCCUUAGCAGCAGACACAAAGCAGGUUCAAUUGGAGUGGAGACCUCGGCAUCGGAGUCGUUGUUACCAGCGAAAGCUGACUAUUCCUGAUUUAUAUCCCUGAAUUCCCCACGCAGGAGGUGCUAGGGCGUCUCCCAAUUAGCUCAGCGUUUUUAGCAGCUAUUCUAGCUGAACUCCGCCUGUGCUCUGUCUCCUUUCGUCUCUCUAGAAAUGUGGGCACUUGCACAACCUCAUGGUCUGAUUCUUCUUCUCCCUCCACUUCCUGAGUACUUCCUUGCUCCCCUUCCUCUUGUGAAGAUGAGGAAUCCCUAACACUCUAGCCCUGAAGUGUCGCCUUGCCGUAAACUUUUGAGUCCCUGUUGUUAAUAUUCUAUUGUGAGUUUUUAGCACUGCAUCGGACAGGUAGCAGUAGGAGACUCUGUAUUAUCCGACAUUAUCAUUUAUCUGACGUUCUUCCAGCCUGUUUAUGUUGGAUAAGCGAGACUCUACCUUAGUCUAAUUUAAAUCAAGCUCCUGCAAGCUCCAGAU